GGUAAGAACAUUUACUUUUGGUUCCAGAACGUCAGGGCUCGAGAGAAGCAGAUGAAUAGGUGUAAUCAGGCUGCUCCAGUGCCCAUGAGAACUAGUUCUCUUGGUACUGGUAGAUCCAUUGAUCUCAAUUUUGGGUCCACUGGUUCUACUGGUGCUGGUGGAUCCAUCGACAUCAAUUUUGGGCCAGCUGGUGGAUCCAUUGACAUCAAUUUUGGGUCCACUAGUUCUACUGAUGAUGGUAGAUCCAUUGAUCUCAACUUUGGUUCCACCUAUUCUACUGGAGGACAAACAUCCCUGCAACAACGAGGAGGAGAUCACCAGGAGGUUCAAACUCUUCCUCUAUUCCCCGUGCACGGCGAGGACGUCUUUGGUAACCUGAAGACUACUUCCGAGGAAGGUAGUGCACAUGAUUACUAUUUCGGUGGCUCAGGCGGUUACAACAGUGGCUCAAACGUUUCUCUUGAGCUCAGCCUCAACCCAUCCGGAGCUGCUGACUAGGCUUAGUAUAGCAUAGUCCUCGCUUUUUUUUUCUUUUUUUUUUUCU